GACAGGCAUCGCUCUGACAUGGUGAAGUUUGAGACCUGUUUAAACACAAGAGUGAUAAGGUAUUUAUAAUAUCGAUGAUAGCAAUGCCCAACCAUGCCAUAAUAUUGCUGUCGGGCGUAUUGUGCAAUAGAAAGAUGAGUCACGUGAUAAAUUGUCAGACUGCUGAAACUUGAUACUGGCUGCACAAUAUUGGAAACAUACAUUGAAGCAUGCUCAGAAAGCGGUAGUUAAGUUCUGCAAAUACAAGAAUGGAAAAUGGCAAAUGUUUGGAAGUUUUUCUGUGUUAUUUAUGUGUUCAUAUCAUCCCGUUGUUAUGCUUCAGUUGUGUAUUCAUCAACGGUGCGCAAGACAUGUACGUCACAAACAGCACGUGUGGAACAGAAUUUUCAUUAGAUCCGUCGGAUGAUAUACGCUUCCAUUAUGACGGUGGCAAGGUGUACGACCCGAAUCGAUCGAUUUACGGAAGAUGUGAGGUCAAGAUAACAAAUAAUCAUAAAGGCGCAGAGUUAUGUGUAUGGGCACCGUACUCGAGAUACACCGGAGUAAAAAAUAUAGACUGGACUCUCAAGUGUUCAGAAAUGUUCCAGUUUGGAUUCACAUACAGAUUAAACACAAUGUCGUGCGAUGAGUUUUUGAUCAAUGAAAAAUGCGAUAUUGCCAAGAUAGCGUAUGCAACCUUCCGUGAACCUUUCUUCCACGAUGAGGGUCUUUUCAUAGUCAGGAUUUUCGCCCGUUACAGAGGUAUUCAACAAGAAGGCAAGUGCUCUUCAAAACAUUGCCUUUAUAUCCACGGUUUAAAUAAAAUCCAAGUUAUUUAUUAAGUCUAUCUGCCCAACUACCUGCUGGAAACAUUUUAAUUUUACGAAUUUUCUUUAAAACA